ACUAUGAUGGUAAUCAGCAGCAACUUCACGAUGGUGUGUUGUGGAAGAAAUGGCGGAUUGUUUUUAGACGGGGGGAGUUGUAAAAAUUUGAGCGUGAGACAUGUGGGUGUUGUGACGAUUCACGAGCAAGUAGUCAAUUAAACACUUCUUUCGGUAUGAGUGACCACUUUUGGGAACCUUUAGCCGAAGUAUAUAUCACAGAACAAGCAGAAUCUUCUGACCCUGAUCAUUACAUUUAUUGUCUUUGUAGCAGAGUAUUUAUUCGGAACCCAGAAGUUUAUACUGUCCUUGCUCUAGAGGAUGCCAGUGAAGAUGAAAAUGUCGAGCGUGACUGUGUUGGAGAAAUGUUAGAUCUUCAUAAAAGGUCCAUUAUAGAAGCACAAUCCAUUGAGAAACACGAUGAAGAACCAGUGAGCUGUUACUGCAGUGCAUCACACACAGACAACAAUUAUUCCACAGAUGAACAUGACUCUGUUCGUGAUUCGGCUCAUCGUCCUACUGCACAUUCCCUCACGCAGAAGUUGGGCCUACACCAGUCGGAUUCAGGUGCAGACCUGUCAGAAUAUCAUGAUCAACAUGAGGCUAAAAGUAUACAAAACCUAUUGGCAUCUUAUGACUUUCCAAAGACUUUCCAAACAACAGAGACUGAACUGGAAGAUGAAUUUGACAAAGUGAAUGUACUUGAACAGCACCAAGAAAAUAAAAAUAUAGAAUUUGAAUCUAAAAUAAUAGACAUUCACUCAUCAGAUCAUCUUACAGAUAGCACUGAAGUUUUAAGUUAUGAUCCAUCCAUUUGUAAUAAAAAGAAAUUUCAUGUAGAAAAUCCAUUAUGUAUUUUAGAAGAUAAAGAUUUUGAGAUACAUAAUAUAUUUAAAAAUGUUUCCUUAAGUGAUAAACAAACUUAUAGGGAAGAUGUCACACUUAGGCACAAUUGUGACUAUAGCUCCAGUGAUUAUCCAUAUUAUUCUAUGUAUUGUAAAACUAAGAGCAUAAUGGAUAUAUCAUGGGAUAGAUAUUGGUCGGAAAACGGUGAACGUAUAAUUUGGACAAGUUGGAUCAAAAAAUACGCAGAUUAUAUAAAUCCGGAAUAUUUGCAACAAAAUGUUUAUUUAAUAGGGAAUGAGAAAUUGAAAAUGAAAGAAACUAUUGAAAAAUUUUCAGAGCAAAAUACAUGUUUUCCUAGUCAAGCGCACAGAAAUUGUGAACUUGAUCGCUCAAAUUUUGAAGGAAUAUUUAGUAAAAGUAAUAAUGCUAGCGAUAAUGAAAUAAAAGAAAAAGACACAUGUAGUAUUAAUUUUUCAUUUGAUGACAUAAGCAAACAGGAAAUAAGCGAAAAAGAUGCGGAAGAUAAUAGGAAAAAAUUCACAAAUUUUGAAGCUUCACCUGAAACUGGAGAUGGUUGGAAUCCAUUGAGUCCUUUUAGUAUGGAAGAAAGUUAUAAUCAACAAUCUAAUGCAGAAGAUGAAAGACUUUUAAUAAGGUGCGAUUCUAUCAACGAGUCAAUAGCAAAAACAAAUGCAACAUCAGAUUCUAUGACAAAUGUCACAAAAAUGACCCUUACUAGUUCUAGUUGUGACUCUAUUUCUACAAAUUCAUCUAGUCUCAUCAGUUCUGUAACUAGUUCUAUCGAAAGCAAUAUAACAAACACCAGUUCUGAUCAAGAUAAUGAUCAAGAAUAUACUCCAGAAGAUACUGAUAAAUAUUGGCAGCAUUUAUGGAAAGAAAAUUUCCAAAUAGAAUAUCAGGAUCAUUAUAAACUAUUUGUAGAGAAAUAUAAAAGGGAGCAAUCUGAAAUUAUUAAUCAAAAUUGUAGCCAGGAACAUAACGAUAUAGAUAUGCAAGAGGAAGGAAGUGAUGAAAGUAUAGACCAAGAUUUUACACAAAGGGAAAUAGACAUGUGUAAUAAAAUGAAUACUUCUGAAAGUAAAAAUGUAUCUAAUAAAAAUUUUUCUUAUUCUAAAAAAGACAAAACGAAAAAGAAACGAUUGAUUAUGGAAUCAGUGGGAAUGCUUAUCCAAAAUUUAACAAUGAAUUCAGAGGACAAUGAAACUGCUGCAGAUAAAGAUGAAAAAACUAAUGAAAUGGAAUGUUCAAAAGAAGUUGAAUGUAAUGAUCAGAAUCUAGCUACACAAAGUGGAAAUGCAAUUAUUUCCAAUACUAGUGGUAACAAUAAUAUUCAACGAAAAUAUUCUGAUGGUAGAGAUGGAGAUGAACCCAAUGAAGAUAAACCUAUAACAUUAAAACGAAGUCACGAGGCUGAUUACGAUGAUACAGAAGAAGGACUGGAAUCAGUAAAAAAAGCAUUUUCAUUGAUGGGAUAUACUUUCAAUGAAAAUUACGAACAAUCAAAUUUCCAAGGAGAAGUAGUAUACAGAAAAAAGAAUAUUAGAUUACAAAAUAGACAAUUAAAAAUGAAAUAUUAUAGACCCAAGCCCGCAAAUAAACAUAUAUACUUUGAUGAUAAUGGAGUGGAAAUUACUAAUACUAUAGACAAAGUAAAACAUUACUUAUCAUAUUGUCCUGUAUUACCAUCAGUGAAAACAGAAUUACAAGCCUCUGAAAAAGGUUCCUACUCAGCACAAUUGACUUCAAGUUCUGAUGACGAAUGUGAUCGUAGCCUUAAAACAAAAUUACAAACAAAGCGAUUUGUAUUUAGUAAACCAAGCACAAGUUCAAUAGAUUCAGGAGCAGAUAAAAAACAAUUUAAUGAUAUUCACGAUACUGUAAAUGUAUUUGAUAAUCAGGACGACGUUUUCCAAAAUGUCGAAAAUGAUAAUAUAUAUUUUGAUCAAUAUAAAACGAGUGAUACCACAAAAUGUGUAUCAGAAGAUCAACUUCCUGAACACGUACAAGAUAACAAGAAGUUCGAUUCAUUAAAUGUCAAUAUGGAUGUAGAUGAAAACUAUAGUAACAACGAAAUACAAAAUGUGAAAUUAUCAGACGAAGACAGCAUAAAAAAGACGCAAAAAAAGAAACGAAGGAAGCAAUCUAAAAAAAAUAUAAGCCUUCCAGUAGAAAUAGACAAUGAUAAAACUUUAAUGAAAUAUUGGUUAAAAAGAUAUCGCUUAUUUAGCAAGUUUGAUCAAGGCAUUAAAUUAGAUCGUGAGAGUUGGUUUUCUGUGACACCAGAAAAAAUUGCCGAACAUAUAGCCCAAAGAUGCAAAUGUGAUACUAUAAUCGAUGCAUUUUGUGGUGCAGGAGGGAAUGCUAUUCAAUUUGCUUUUACAUGUGAAAAAGUUCUCGCAAUAGAUAUAGAUCCGGUUAAAAUUGAACUUGCUCGAAAUAAUGCUCGAGUCUAUGGUGUUGAUGACAGAAUAGAAUUCAUUGUUGGAGACUUCCUUCAACUCGCAUCAAAAUUAAUCGCAGAUGUUGUGUUUCUAAGUCCUCCAUGGGGAGGGCCUGAAUAUGCCAAGAAUGAAACUUUUGAUCUCAAUAACAUUAUGCAACCCAUUGGUGGAGUAAAAUUAUUUAAUAUAGCAAGAAAAAUCACAGAUCAUGUGGCCUACUUUCUACCUAGAAAUGUAGAUACUAUGCAGCUUGCCAUAUUAGCUGGAGUAGGUGGUGGUGUAGAAGUGGAACAGAACUUUCUCGAUAGAAAGUUAAUAGCUUUAACAGCUUAUUAUGGCGAACUGCCCAGGGACUGUUAGUUGUGAUAUGAUGUGUAAUUUAUGAGAAGAUCCACAUCAGUUGCUUAAAAAAAGGAACUUCUCACAUUUUAUGAAUAAUUAGCUGUAAAUAAUAAUCCGUAUCAAUUUGCUUAGGUUAUCCUGAAAAGCAUUAUUAAGCAAUAUUUUUUAUUUCAUUUCACGGUUUUUUACAUAAAAGACAACUUUGUCUCUAUAACUAUAAUUUA